AUGAGCUCGGAGCCGGACCCUGACCGGCCGGUGCCGCGCAGAAGGAGCCGCGCAGACCCACUGGUCGACGCACAUGGCCUGCUGCCGCCCGACGAGCAGAAGGACGGCUCUCCGUCGGGCGAGGUGUACACCAGCAGCGACGGCUCGUCACUGGGCAUGGACGACCACACGGCGCUCGAGCUGCGCGAGUACGGCGAGGAGUCGGCCACGUCGCGCGAGAUGAACCUGCCCUCCUUCAAACCGGUGUACACGUGGCUGAACCUGGUGCCGCUGGAGGUGACGCACGAGUGCGUCAAGAUCCGGCUGCAGCAGCAGCCCAAGGAGCCUUCCGCCCUCAGCAUCCGCCAGCUCAUCACCGAGUGCAAGGAGGCGCUGAAGGCGGCCGUGGUGGUGCGCCAGAGGUUCAUCCGCCGCAUGCGCGCCAUCCGACCCACGCCCAGCAGCGAGCUCUGCAUGACCAAGCUGGACCUGACGCUCGAGUCGUUCGACGCCGACGUCAAGCAGAUGCUGGAGGUCUACCUGUACUACAUCAAGCGGCUGCUGCUGAUGAUGCAGGGCGAGAUCGAGGUGUCUGCCGCGCAGAAGAACCUGCUGGAGGAGGAGUGGGCGUUCGCCAAGUGCAUCUGCCCGCACAUCGCCAGCGGGGAGGCGAUCGCCGGCAGAAACUUCUGCUUCCUGGUGAGUGACAUUCUGCCGACCAUCGGGGACCUGCUGGAGAACGGCAUCGACACGUGUAUCGCCAGCCUGCAGCGCUCCUUCAGCGUGCCCGGCGGAACCGAGGCACAGCGGAGCAGGCUGUCGACGCUGAGCACGCUGCGCGAGUUCCGCGGCCUCUUCCAGGAGGCGCAGGAUCGCGCGCUCAAGGUGCUGCUGUUCGCCAAGCUGCUGCGCCGCGACCUGGAGAUCGCCGCCGAGUUCUCCAUCCGCAGCACGUCGGCCGGCAUCCUGGCGCGGCUGGCGGCCACCGGGCACGUGCGCGUCAUCGCGCCGCACAGCCAGAACCACGUCAUCUUCAUACCGGGCAGCAUCCGCAUGGACCGGGCGUACGUGUGGCAGCUGCUGGACAUGACGCUGAGCCGCCAGGACUCGCGCAAGCCCGCCGAGGUCGGCUACCUGGUGCUCAUGGCCUGCCACGACUGCGGCGACGUCGACAGCGUGUUGGACCGGCACCACCAUCCACCUGGAGCCCACCGCCGAGACCACCAUCACGCUCAGCUACGUGGAGGCGAGUGGCGGCGCGUGCGGGGCGGGAGGCCCACGCUGUGGUGGCGGCCCUGGGUGCUGUCCGUCGCGCCGCUUGGGGCUGUGGCCACGACGGUGGAACACGCGUCGCUGAGCCUUCGCCGACGGCUCGUGCAGGGCGAUGUUGACCAGGGGGGCUCGUCCUACUGUGCAGUUAUAAAUGCAGGGGUGUCGGCGUCCUCACUCGUGCGCUGA